UUUUCAGUUUUAGUUAAUAUUCAUCAACAGUUUAGGAAUCACUCUAGUGGGAAAGGUUGCUCAGUUUGGCUGUUUCCAAAAGAAAGAUAUGAUGGUUCAAUACAGUUUAUUAGUGUUUACACUAUUUUCGAUAUUUAAUUAUUGCUACUCAUCUGUAUAUUUGGAAGAGCGAUUUGUAGAUGAUACUUGGAAGGAUAAUUGGAUAUAUAGUAAACAUCCAGGAAAAGAAUUCGGUCAAUUUGUUUUGAGUUCAGGAAGUUUUUAUAAUGAUGCGGAAGCUGAUAAAGGCAUACAGACAUCACAGGACGCCAGAUUCUAUGCCGCUUCGAGAAAGUUCCCUCCAUUUUCAAAUGAAAAUAAACCACUUGUGAUUCAAUUUUCAGUUAAACAUGAACAAAAUAUUGAUUGUGGUGGUGGCUAUGUAAAACUCUUUGAUUGUUCUCUAGAACAGGAAGACAUGCAUGGAGAAUCCCCAUAUGAAAUUAUGUUUGGUCCAGAUAUUUGCGGACCAGGCACUAAAAAGGUUCAUGUAAUAUUCAGUUACAAGGGCAAAAACCUUUUAAUUAACAAAGAUAUAAGGUGCAAAGACGACGUCUACUCUCAUUUCUAUACUCUUGUAGUAAAUCCCGACAAUACAUAUGAAGUAUUAAUUGAUAAUGAGAAGGUUGAAUCUGGAAAUCUUGAAGACGAUUGGGACUUCUUGGCACCAAAGAAAAUUAAAGAUCCUAAUGCAAAGAAACCCGAAAAUUGGGAUGAUAGGCCAACAAUAGCUGACCCUAACGAUAAGAAACCAGAAGAUUGGGAUAAACCAGAACAUAUACCUGAUCCCGAUGCUACAAAGCCAGAAGAUUGGGACGAUGAAAUGGAUGGAGAAUGGGAACCACCAAUGGUAGAUAAUCCAGAAUACAAAGGAGAAUGGCAACCAAAACAACUUGAUAACCCUGAAUACAAGGGCGCAUGGGAGCAUCCAGAAAUCGAUAAUCCUGAGUAUACCCCUGAUUCAAACUUGUAUUUACGCAAAGAAAUGUGCACAAUUGGAUUUGAUUUGUGGCAAGUUAAAUCAGGCACAAUUUUUGAUAACAUUCUAAUUACUGACGAUACUGAGUUAGCAUCAAAAAUUGCAUCUGAAGUCAAAAAUACUCAAGCAGGUGAGAAAAAAAUGAAGGAAGCUCAGGAUGAAGAACAAAGAAAAAAAGAUGAAGAAGAAAAUAAGAAAAACGAUGACGAAGAUGAAGAUGAUAAAGAUGAUAUUUCACCUGAAGAAGAACAGUCAAGCGAACAUGAUGAAUUAUAAGAACAUAUGUAUAUGAAUAUAUCCUAUUACCUUUAGAUUCAAAUGCUUAUUAUCUAGCUAGUAUUUGAAAAAUUCACAAAGACUUAAUAAAAUAUUUUUUAUUUAUUACUAAAAAAAA